AUGCGUCUCGAGCAUGUUACCUUCAAGCAUGUCGUCUUCCUCGGAGUCCUUCUCCGUGCGGUCCUAAUCGUCUAUGGGAUGUAUCAUGACAGUCAUGCUGCUCUCAAGUAUACCGACGUCGACUAUCGAGUGUUCUCCGAUGCAGCGAGGUUCAUAGUAACUCCAGGGGCUAGGGGCAGUGGCCAUGUGCACGGUUCAGCCAAAGGGUGCCCUUACAAUCGGGAGACAUACCGCUACACACCUCUUCUAGCCAUCCUCAUGAUACCGAACGAAGUCAUCCAUCAUACAUUUGGAAAAGUGCUUUUCGCGGCCUGUGAUAUCCUCAUCGGAUACAUACUCUACUGCCUUCCUACAAAUGGCACAUCCAUGAGGGAUAAAGUGUGGUGGAUAGCCGCACUCUGGCUUCUCAAUCCCAUGCCAGCCAACAUUUCGACUCGAGGUUCCGCAGAAUCGGUCCUUGGACUUUUUGUCAUCUCGACUCUUGCGUUAGCCAAAAGCGGCAGACUGGACGCCGCUGCAAUUUCACUUGGGCUUGCAGUUCAUUUCAAGAUAUACCCUUUUAUUUAUGGCGCAAGUUUACUGGCAUUUAUACACACCAGAGCGAAAACCAAACUUGGCAACGCGGAACAAGCAAAAUCCUCCAAGGAGGACGGAACGAGAGCUCUACUCUCGAUCUUUGAUACAUGGACUCUGUUAGCACAGGCACGAUUCACAUUGAUCAGUUUUGGUUCUUUCGCUAUCUUGAAUAUCUUUAUGUAUCUUAUUUGGGGCCAACCCUUUCUCGAGCAUUCCUAUCUCUAUCACCUCACUCGAAAAGAUCACAGACACAACUUCUCCCUCUACUUCUAUCCAACGUACCUCACCUACAGCCAACCCAGAUCAUCAUCUAUGGCUCACUACUUGUCGCCUCGCAACGCUCUCCUUAGCUUCAUCCCCCAAAUGGUAUUGUCUAUUGGAUCAGGUUUUCUCUUCGGGGGGAAAGAUAUCGCCUUGGCAUGGUUCAUCCAAACCGUUUGUUUCGUCCAUUUCAAUCGAGUGUGCACAUCUCAAUAUUUCAUGUGGUACAUGUGGUUCUUGCCAAUAAUCCUACCCCGAGUGAAAUUAUCCAAACUGCGCGCAACAGCUCUCUUAGCAAUAUGGAUCUCCGCCCAGGCUCUAUGGCUCUCAAUAGCCUACCGCCUCGAAUUCCUCGGACAAGACGUUUUCCUCCCUCUCUGGCUCUCAAGCAUCCUAUUCCUAUUCGCAAAUUGCUACGUACUAGUAGAACUCGUGAAAGCCUAUAGAUGA